AUGCCAACUGUAAAAUGUUAUGGCUUAUUGAGAUGUAAAAAUCGUAACUGUCCGUUGGCCAACCUUGAACAAGUCAUGGAAAUUCCACGAAAGCUGUGGAAUCGAGAUAUGGCAGCUGUUUUAAACUUUCGAAGGAUCUUGAUGAGCUUGAGAGAGACAGCAGAAAAGAAGCGUCAAAACCAGAAUGAAGGAAACAAUAGCAAAUCUCCACCAAAGUUAUCGCUUUGGUUAUUUAAUGCAGUAUCUAUAAACUAUCAUAUGAAGAGACCUAAGGUUAUGAUUGGUUGGCUAUCAAAUUUCCCGAAACUUUAUAUCCAUGAUUUAAGAAAGAAUAAUUCAAAAGAGUAG